UAUUCUGACUAUUUUAACUCUGCUGACACCUGCGAGCUCGCGAUGCUGUGCAGUGGAGCGCGUGGGCGGUGCAUCGCGAGCGGUGGGAGGCGGGGGUGUCCACGCUCACUCACUGGUGGCAUUGUCAUGGAAACUAGACCACCGCCUCGCUAUUGUCUCGCGCUCUGCACAAGUUUAUUAUAAACACCGCGCGAGCCGCAGCGCGCUGUCACACGGAGCGGAGCGCGAGGAAGGAGAGACAACCAGAAGAGAAGAGAGAAAACAUCUGGAUUAUUUACCAAGAAAACACCAAAAAAACAGACGCAUCACAGUGAAAUACUGAGAGGAGUUUUGAAUAGACAAACCAAUAUUUGGAGAUACUUGGGAGACGCACCAACUCUGACUGGUUUGAACAUUAUUCACUCCAUCUCCUCCAACACAAGGCUGCUGAAGACACACCCGAGCAUCUCUUCUCUCUGCUCUCUCUUGCUCAGAGUUCACCUCUUUGUGUUUGCAGCCCCGGUGUGUUUGCAACCGGCUCCUCUCCACAUGUAUAAGAUGGAUUACUCCUACCUGAACUCCUAUGACUCCUGCAUGGCGGCCAUGGAAGCGUCGGCCUACGCGGACUUCAGCUCCUGCAGCCAGGCCAGCUCCUUCCAGUACAACCCGAUCCGGAGCGGACCGUUCUCCAACCCGGGAUGCACUCCUCUCAGCACGGCCAGCUGCACCCUGGGAGCCCUGAGGGAGCACCAGCCCACUCCUUACUCCUCAGUCCCUUACAAGUUCUUCUCGGACCCCUCUGGCCUGAACGAGAAGAGGAAGCAGAGGCGCAUCAGGACCACCUUCACCAGCUCCCAGCUGAAGGAGCUGGAGAGGGUCUUUGCAGAGACGCACUAUCCGGACAUCUACACCCGAGAGGAGCUGGCUCUGAAGAUAGACCUGACCGAGGCGAGGGUACAGGUGUGGUUUCAGAACAGGCGUGCCAAGUUUCGUAAGCAGGAGCGUGCAGCCAACUCCAAAGCCAACAACUCUGGUGGCACCACGGGCAGCAGCUCCAGCAGUAGCUCUGGAGGGAAGAAGGGCGGAGAGCUGAGAUCUUCAUCAGAUGAUGAUGAGUCCAAAGAGUCCACUUGCAGCCCCACGCCCGACAGCACGGCCUCCCUGCCGGGCUCGGCCAACGGGAACUUGGGCAGCCCUGCCAGCCUGAGCCCAAGCCCGGCUCCUAUCAACAGCGGCUACGUCAACACCUCCAGCUCUCCGGUCCUCCAGGGGCUGAAGCCGCCCAGCUGGUCCAACCUGGGGCCGUCCAACCCGGCCGUGGCCCAGCCUGCUGCCCAGACUCAGGAGAUUCUGAAGGCCUGGCAGCCGGCGGACAGUAUGACCGGGCCCUUUGCCGGAGUCCUGUCCUCCUUCCACAGAAAACCCAACCCCGCCAUCAAGACGAACCUGUUCUGAAGCACAGAGGAAGAGAAAUAAACAUUGUGCUGUCUGCUGGAACAGUGAGGAGUUUGUUGUUGAGAGAGAGUCAGGACUUACCCAUUAUAACGCUGAAUUCACUGGUGUAGUCUGCUGUCAAAACUGAUUCAAAGCUCAGAUAAUAAAGUCAAAGGUCAACAUCUCUCACCCCCAAAA